GCCCUAUAUCUUUCUCCCUUUCUCCUUUCACUAUGAUUGUUAAAGGAAUCCGCGCGACAGCGCUCCUCCUCGCGACAUGCAUAUCGACAAGCAGCGCAACAGCUACAUGCUACUUCCCCGACGGGUCUAUCGCCAGCAACAACGUCCCCUGCUCAUCGGACACGUAUUCCGCAUGCUGCGGCAAAUCUGACGUCUGUUUAUCGAAUAACCUCUGCAUGGAUACGGGGGAACAGCCAUAUGUUCUCUCCCGGGGGGCGUGCACGGAUCCAAAUUGGGAGUCGGACAAUUGUCCGUCUGUUUGUCGUACGUACUUGAUUCGUAGAGCUUUUUGAGUUGAUGGAUGAAUAUG